GCGCGCUUGACGGCUGACUGUGCGUUGGGGGAUCCUGGCAGCCAUGGUGUCAGAUGAAGAUGAAUUGAAUCUUCUAGUUAUCGUAGUUGAUGCCAACCCAAUUUGGUGGGGAAAGCAAGCAUUAAAGGAAUCUCAGUUUACUUUAUCAAAAUGCAUAGAUGCUGUGAUGGUGCUGGGAAAUUCUCAUUUAUUCAUGAAUCGUUCCAACAAACUUGCUGUGAUAGCGAGUCACAUUCAAGAAAGUCGAUUCUUGUAUCCUGGAAAGAAUGGCAGACUUGGAGACUUUUUUGGAGACCCCGGCAACCCUUCUUCUGAGUUCAGCCCGACAGGGAGCAAGGACGGGAAGUAUGAGUUGUUCACAGCAGCGAAUGAAGUUAUUGCUGAAGAGAUUAAGGAUCUCAUGACCAAGAGUGACAUAAAGGGUCAACAUACAGAAACUCUGCUGGCAGGAUCCCUCGCCAAAGCUCUUUGCUACAUUCAUAGAAUGAACAAGGAGGUGAAAGAUAAUCAGGAAAUGAAAUCAAGGAUUUUGGUGAUUAAGGCUGCAGAAGACAGCGCGCUGCAGUAUAUGAACUUCAUGAAUGUCAUCUUCGCAGCACAGAAGCAGAAUAUUUUGAUCGAUGCCUGUGUUUUAGACUCGGAUUCAGGACUCCUCCAACAGGCUUGUGACAUCACGGGGGGACUGUACCUGAAGGUGCCUCAGAUGCCUUCCCUUCUGCAGUAUCUGCUGUGGGUUUUUCUCCCUGAUCAAGAUCAAAGAUCUCAGUUAAUCCUCCCUCCCCCAGUCCAUGUGGACUACCGGGCAGCUUGCUUCUGUCAUCGAAAUCUCAUUGAAAUUGGCUAUGUCUGUUCUGUGUGCUUGUCAAUAUUCUGCAAUUUCAGUCCUAUCUGCACCACCUGCGAGACAGCCUUUAAGAUUUCUCUGCCUCCUGUGCUGAAAGCCAAGAAAAAGAAACUGAAAGUGUCUGUGUGAUCAGAAGAUCCCCCAUGCCCCCAGCUAAUCUCUUAGAGCUUAUUAAGAGAAAUUGUAUGGCAAAAGCUGUGUUAGGAAGCCCUGAAAAAAAUACAGCGUUGUAUGGGAUAAUUUUGAAUGAAGUUUCUUACAGGAAAGAUUUCUAGACCAUUAUCCUCAUGCUGUGCUUUUGGGGGGCCUGCUUUAUUUGAGGGAGUCAUUCUGUGCAAUCUUUUCUGAUGGCUUUUUGUCCACAGAGGGAGAAGAAAGCAUAAAUUAGUGACUUUUUUUUUUUUUUUUUUUUAAAUGGGGUGAUCAUUUGUCCGUCAGCCUGGCCUGAUUCCAGGCUUUAGACUCUGUUACCUCGUCUGGGUUCUGCCUGUGAAAUGCACAACCAGUGAAAUUUGAGCAAAGUUUUAGCGAUCAUCCACUAAUGGCAUUAAUCAAGAUAGACCAUCUUCCUUGAAUCAACAGCUGACUUGGACGAUAGUCAUGUAAAUAAAAUCCUUCUUUUCUAAGUUAAGAUUUAGCUCCAGAAACUGCAGAUUUGCUUUUGCCUGACAUCACUGUGUGUCUGGACAUAGUCAUCCAUGUAAUAACUGUCGCUGAAUAAAAACAAAGUCUGAUCUUAAGUGAAUGUGGAGAAGGGGGUGUGGUACUCUGGCAGUGACCUUCCCUUCAGAGAUAGUUGGGUGAAGAGCUUCUGCGUGAGAGCCGCUGUCUGGGUUCAGAGAGGGGCCUGCUGGAGAAUGGAUCCUUUAUGGCUCAGUAUUGUCCCCCAGGUGGAAUGAGAAAAAAAAGAAGCAUUAAUGUUGGAGAACUGUUCUCUAAAAUAAGUGCGAUAGGUUCAAAAGAAAAAUUAUAUGUAAUUUCAACAAGAAAAAACUUAUUUUUCUAUGGAACUUUGAAGUUAUUAGAAAUCUUUUCAAAUUCCAGCGCAGUGUAAGAAGGAUUUUCAGGAAUGGUGGCUGGUUUGGUUUGUUUUACGUAUAUUGACAAAAACAAACAAUCAUAAACUGACAAAAACCGAUUUGUGUACACAACUUUGUAUGUAAGUAAGAUGUUAAUUUUCCCUUUAUGCCAUCUCAGAAGCUGAGUCUCGUUUAAGUAAUCUGGUAUUUGGCUAGAUGAUUUCAGGUAGAUUUUGUACUUUGGAUUUAUAGUUUUGUUAAAUACACAUAGGCUUUGGUGAUCACUUGGCCAAUAUUUGUUAGUCCUUGAGUUUGAGAAUCUUAUUUGUCUUUUAGAAAUAAUAUUUAAUAUUUCACAGCGUAACUAUAAUGGAAAUCACUGUUUUAAGUCUAGGAAGUCAUCAGAUAUCUAAAAGACAAUUUCAAAGAAGCUGGUCAGGUUCUCAUUACUACUUUUUUGUUUGAGAUGUUUUGUGUACUGGCUUAAUUCUGUUUCGGUUUUAUUUUUAACUGUUGUGUUUAUGGUUUACAUAAAUUUUUAUAAUAAAAUAAUUU